UACCGCCUGUCCCGAUCCCAGGACCGCCCUGUACGGCCAGCAGUCCUACCCCGUGUUGUAGCCUGGGCGAGCCCCUCAACAGGGCCCAGUGUAGGACCAGAGGUUGUCCUGCGGGCUAUACUUGUAAUGGAAGCAUGGCUGGUUGGACGGCCUGCUGCCCGACAGAAUUACCACCAACCCCGGUUCCAGCGAUUAUGCCCAACACGUGUUCUUCACAGAGUCCUCGCCCUUGUUGUAGAAGGGGUACCCCUCUCCAACAAUGCCAGUUCGAGAAUUGUCCAUCCGGGUUCGAGUGCCACACCCACGUCACGAAUGCGUGGUCAGUGUGCUGUGCGGAGAACGUGGACCCUGCCUCUCCGGUCCCUGUUAGACCUGUGUCACCCGCCAAAUGCAGUAGACGAAAUGUCCAGCCCUGCUGUACCAUUGGACGACCCAUACAGGGGAUCGACUGCCGGGCACAGAGCUGUCCUUUUGGCUACAUUUGUUCUAGACACGUGAUGGGGUCGUGGGCAGUUUGUUGUACUGGACUCGGAGCGUCCUAAGCACCAAUGGUCGAGAAAUCUCUCCACAUUUUGGACGUGUUUUGUUUUUUAGGUUAAAA